AUGAUUAUUGGCAAAGAGCAUUUAACUUUGGAGGGGGUAAACCAAAUAAUUUCAAUAAAAGCUGUGUUUAAUAAUGGUUUAUCAGAUGAUUUAAUGGCUCUUUUCCCAGAUAUUGUACCGGCAAUUAGACCGUUAGUGCCGACUUCAAUAAUUAUUAAUCCUAAUUGAUUAUCUGGUUUUGUUAGCGGUGAAGGUUGUUUUAUGGUAAAGCUAAUAAAGUCUUUUUCUGGUAAAAUCAGAUUUCAAGUACAAUUAAGCUUUGUUGUUACUCAACAUUGUCGUGAUGUCUUGUUAAUGAAAAGUUUGGAGAGUUAUUUAGGGUGUGGUAAAGCUUCUAUUACUAAAAGAGGUGAGGUUGUUUUUGAGGUUAGAAAACUUUUAGAUCAAACUGAAAAAAUUAUACCGUUUUUUAGUAAAUAUCCGAUCAUGGCUAUAAAAUCCAGAGAUUUUGAGGAUUUCUGUAAAGUAGCUAAUAUAAUGGAACAGAAGAAACAUCUCACAGAAGAAGGUUUAAAUCAAAUCCGCGAUAUAAGAGCAGGUAUGAAUUCUAGUAGGAAUAAGGGAGGCGGAGAGGGAAGGGUUUCUAGCAAACCCUACCUUGAAGGCCUUAUAGAGGGAGGACCGGUUAACCAGUCGGCUACCCCUCCAGUGCUUCCAGUGCUUCUAGUGCCCUGUCUUUUAAAUAGUGAAAAUAACAAUACUACAAUAAGUAGCUUACUUAUGGAUACACAAUCAGCCGAAAACUGUGAAGGAUUCUCAGAGACUGCACGUCAGUUACCUGGUACUGAAGAUUAUAAAUUUUGAAAUUGAUUUGCGGGUAUAAUAGAUGGUGACGGUAAUUUUGAUAUUAGAACAGAUUUUUCUAAGACUACGCACGCGAAACACAAGAAAAAAAUUCUUAAACAAAUUAGAAUCAAGUUACAUAAUAGAGAUAUUAGAAUAUUAAGUCGUAUACAAGAUUAUUUACACAUAGGUAGAGUUAGAGCGGAUAAAAAUAAGCCUUAUUCUAUCUAUAUAGUUUCCACUAGAGAAGAUAUGAUCUAUCUGGUUAAACAUUUAAAUGGUUUAAUUAGAUUAAAAGUACCUGCUUUUAAAGAGGCUUGUCUUUUAUAUAAUAUAGAUUAUAAGGAAGCUAAUUAUAAUAUAGAACUAUAUGAUCCAUAUUUUUCCGGGCUAGUGGAUACUGAUGGUAGUAUAGUUUUUAAUUAUGCAGGUAAUAGAAUAGAAUGUAACUUAGAAUUCCAACAUAAUGAAUAUACUUCUAAGUUAAAUUUUGAUAGUACUAUAUUAAAAUCUAAACCUUAUAUUGUAACACGAAAAAAAUCUUCAGCUAAGGCUGGUUCUCAUACUUCGUCAAGAAGAGAUUUUACAUCUAUCGCAUUCAAAUUUCAAAACGUUAAUAGUAUGCUAUUUAUAUAUGAUUAUUUUAUGCGUAAUAGAUUAUAUUCUAAUAUGAAGUUCUAUAGAGUUACUCAAAUUAAAGGCUUUAUAGAGAUUAGAAAAUAUAAAAACUCACCUAUAUUUAGUAUAGAGCAUAAAAUAUAUUCAAACUUUGUCAUAAAUUGAAUUAAAUAUGAUAAUCCCUUAUGAUAUAAAGUACCUUUUGUUACUAAAUAUCUCUUAUAUAAAUAGUAUUUAUUACAGGUAAAGAUACAGUCCACCAUAUAAAUACACAUGUAUUAAUAUUUGCAUUGCCAUGCCCUCACUCACCUUACAAUGAUGGUAGUAGUGGUUGGGCCGUUAGAAAAUAUUUUUAAUAAAACUUUUUUUGAGUUUACUGUACAUAAUAAAGCUUACUCUAGAUCAACUCUCAAAACGGCUUGCUUCUUUUCCCCCAAGGGAAUGAGGGGGGAAGCCGGGUUGAGUUGCUUCGCAUGCCUUAUUUCAUCAGCAAGAAAAACUUAUUUGAAACAGAAACCUGUUUGUAUUAUUUCUUCUAAAGCUUAUUAUUCUACUUUACCUAAGUCAGAGUUAGCUGUUUUCCCUACGGAUACAUCCGUUACCUAUGAAAACCCUUUAAAAAGUAGACACGAUAUUUGUUUUAACUAUAAAAAUUUUAGAGGGUGUUAUCUAUGGACUUCAAAAACUACAGGUAAACAAUAUAUAGGUAGUUCUAUAAAUUUAAGUCUAAGACUUACUGAAUAUUUUAGAGAAAGCUAUCUAACUCUGCAAAGUGGAAGAGGUAGUAUAAUUUGUAGAGCUAUACUUAAAUAUGGUCAGGAUGACUUUUAUUUAUCUAUUCUUAGUUUAGGCUCUUUAGAAGGUAAAUAUACUAAAUAUUCUUCAAAUAAUCUUCCAGAUUUUGUUGUACUAGAACAAAGUUAUCUAGAUAACUACAAAAUGGAAUAUAAUGUUAAUAGGGUAGCUAGUACUAAAUAUGAAUCUUUAUAUGUUUCGGUUAAUAAAGGUGAGGCCAAUGCUUCAUAUAAUUUAAUAGGUGAAGAAGCUUUUGUAUGAGACAGAAAUCACUCUGCAGAAUUAAAAGCUCAUUGAUCUAGGUCAAGAGGUAAAAUUACUUAUUAUAUAUAUUCUAAAAAUAGUUUUGAACUAGACAUUAUUUUCCUUAGUUCAAAUAAACUGGCUGCUUUUUUAAAAGUUAAUGUAGUAGUUGUUAAACAAAUGACAGAGCUGAUAGAAUCUUCAGAACAUUCUGCUAUAAGGUGUGAAGAUUAUAUUAUAUCACUAAAGCCUUUAAAUUAUCAAAAUUUAGCUGAUAAUAUGGAUGUCUUGUUGAAUUUUUAUAUCAAUUCAAGUAAAACUCGUGACAGAAAACUAGGAGUAGAGGAAUUGAAAAAAGGUAGAAAAAGUAUAACUAUUUAUGGUUUUAAUCCAGAAACCAAUGAGUAUAAAAUUUGACCUUCUAAGGGAGAAUGUUUAGAAGAAUUAACAGGGUAUUAUUAUACAAAUGUUAGAACUAUUAACAGAAGAAUCGAUAAAGAUUUAACAUAUAAAGGUUAUUAUUUACAAACUAAGCCUUUUAAGGAAAAUACUUAGAAAGAUAGUUAUAAGUAAUGAAGCUUUUUUUAAUAAUGUAAUUUGUUUACGAAACCUUUAGCCUACAUUUUUCUGGUGCUCUCCUCCUCCUCCUCCUCCUCCUUUUGCCUUGCACAGAAGCAAUGGUCAGGUCAGGUCAGGUCAGGUCGCAAGCAAAAAAAAGAUAAUAACUAAAUAUUUUCAUUUCGUGUAGCGCGUGUUAUAUAAUAUAUAUAUAUAAUAUGUUAGCAUUUCCACUACGUUUUAAGUAUGGGAGCCGUAUUUGCAUUAUUUAGUGCAUGAUACUUUUGAAUACCUAAAAUACUCGGAUUAGAAUAUGAUCAAAAGCUAGGUAAAGUUCACUUCUGAUUACUAUUCAUUGGAGUUAACGUGACAUUUUUCCCUCAAGUUGGGGGGCUACAGUAGGAAUUGUGUAGUGUAAAAGGGAAAUAUAAUAUAUUUAACACCCUGAAAAACUUGGCAAAUUGCUGGAAAGACGUAUAAUUUAAACCUAGUUAUUACGACCAAUCAGCAGGCAAUCUUUCUUAGUAUAACUAAGAAAGGAGCUUCAACGAUCAUACGCCAGGUACCCGACACCUUUAAUAUUUUAUUUAUUUAUUUAGGAAGGGUAGUGAUAUGAUCUACAAAUUAUUGGUGACUAAUAAGCACUUCUAAUUUAUCUAAUCUAGAUUCACCUGAAAUUUUUUUAUCUAGUUCUUAUAACUUGAGUCUUCAUACACAAAAUUUGGCUAUUAUGAUGCCAAAACGUUUUUACUCUACUAGUUCUGUUGAUAAAGUGUUAUCUUUUCAUGGUAAUAUAGAUAAUAAAGAAUCGAUUAAGUUUGAUUCUCUUGAACAAGCUUGUAAAGAAAUUAAAUUAAAAUACUUAGGUGUUUCAGGUGUUUAUAAACUAACAUCUAAAAAUGACUCUUCUCGUUUUUAUAUAGGUAGUUCUAAUAACUUAGUUAGAAGAAUGGAGGAAUAUAAUAAAUUAACCAAAGACUUACGUAAUCCUCAUUCAGCUUCUGAAUUGGAAAUAUCGAAAACUUUAGCUUUAGAUUGAAGACUAGAGUUUAUAUAUAUUACUACUCCUCAAACUUCCUUAGUUUUUGAACAAUAUGCUAUUAUUAAACUUAAACCAACUAUUAAUAGUACUUAUAAAGUUAUUCCAAGGGUAAAUCCUCAAUGGGAUAAUUUAGAUAAUGCUAUUUUAACUAUCGAAAAAUUAUUAUCAUUAUUAUCUAAAGAUUCUGAAGGUUAUAUUAGAUUAACUGUUUUUCUUAAAACAUUUAAAACGGCUAAUUCUUUAAGUUAUAGAUCUGAAGAGGUAGAUAAUUAUUAUUCUGGGUUUUUAGUGUUUGCAUAUCUUGUUAAUUCACCUGAUAAAGAUCCUAUUGUUUAUUCUUCAAUAAACAGGGCUUUAAAAGGGUUAGAGAUUAAUUACAAUACAUUAUUGAAUCAUAUUAACCAUAAAUAUCUUUAUAAGUCAAGUCUUUUAUUAUCUUUUGAACCUUUAUUUGUAGAGAAAUUUUCUGAAUAUAAAGAAAAACCAACAGGAGACAAUCAACUUAGAAAACACAUUGUUGUUUAUAAUCAAGACAAUGAUAUAUUAAUAGAAUUUAAAUCUGGUAGAGAAAUGGCUAAAUAUUUUAAAAUUGAUGGUAAAGUAGCCAGAGCUGCUAUAGCCCAUGGUGAGUAUCAAGACUUUUUACUAAUAUCUAGAGAAGUGUCCAACCGUAAAACAAUUUAUGUAUUUGAUAAUAAUUCACAUGAAUUAAUAGAUGAAUUAAAAAGUAUAACUAAAGCUUUGAAAUAUGCUAAAGUUAACUUUUAUACAUUAAAAAGUUUGAUUGAGAGUGGGCAUUCUUAUGAUGGUAAAAUAUACAGUUAUAAAGAUAAAUUAUAGUUUUACAGUGCGUACGUUGCAAUAGAAAGCAACAUUUUUUAGGUCUACAAGGAAUGCCGCGUCGAAUAAGCGAUUACCCUGAUGCAUUUGCGGGUUGA